AUCCUGAGUGUGUGACUGGGGGCUCGGGACCUAUUUUUUGAGGGGGAUUAUCAUGUUUUUUGUUAUCUGACAGCAGAAGUACUUCUCACUCGUCUCUGCUUAUUGUUUGUGUUCAUUAUCAAGAGCUAGAGGGAGUCUCAAGGAGGUGCCAUGUCGACCCUCCUGCGCUGCAUCUCCAGCCCUUCUGUCGUCUUAUUCCAGCGAGGGGUCCACAAGAAGAUACCUGGAAGGAGGCAUUUCAGGACUUUCCCCGUGUUAUGGGACCAAAAGGCCUCCAGAGGUGUGCUCUACAAGGACGUGGUGGUUGGAGUUCCCAAGGAGACGUUCCAGAAUGAGCGUCGCGUGGCCUUGUCUCCUGCCGGCGUCCAGGCUCUGGUCAAACAGGGCUUCAGGGUGCAGGUGGAGAGCGGAGCUGGAGACGAAUCCAAGUUCUCUGAUCAGCAGUACAGAGAUGCAGGAGCCACGAUUACUGAUGUGAAGGGAGCAUUGGGCUCAGAUCUGGUCCUCAAGGUUCGAGCCCCCAGUUUGAGUGAAGCGGAUCUCCUGAAGCCGAAGUCCACCUUGGUGAGCUUUGUCUAUCCAGCGCAGAACCCAAAGCUGAUGUCGAAGCUGUCGGAGAGGCAGAGCACCGUGCUGGCCAUGGACCAGGUGCCCAGAGUUACCAUCGCUCAGGGAUACGAUGCACUCAGCUCCAUGGCCAACAUCGCUGGGUACAAGGCUGUAGUUCUGGCUGCCAACAACUUUGGCAGGUUCUUCACCGGUCAGAUCACAGCUGCAGGAAAAGUACCUCCAGCUAAGGUUCUGGUUAUCGGAGGUGGGGUUGCUGGUUUAGCAGCAGCAGGAGCAGCCAAGUCAAUGGGAGCCAUAGUCAGGGGAUUUGACACCAGGCCUGCAGCUCUGGAGCAGUUCAAGUCAUUUGGGGCGGAACCUUUAGAAGUCGACAUCAAAGAGUCUGGCGAGGGGGUCGGAGGUUACGCCAAGGAGAUGUCAAAGGAGUUCAUUGACGCUGAGAUGGCUCUUUUCGCCAAGCAGUGUAAAGAGGUCGACAUUCUCAUCAGCACUGCCCUGAUUCCAGGAAAGCGGGCUCCCAUUUUGAUCAAGAAGGAGUUUGUGGAUUCCAUGAAGGACGGCUCCGUGGUGGUGGAUUUGGCCGCAGAGGCGGGAGGCAACAUCGAGACCACCAGGCCUGGCGAGCUGCACGUUCACAAGGGAGUAACACACAUCGGCUACACAGACUUGCCCAGCCGCAUGGCCACACAGGCCAGUACUCUGUAUUCAAACAACAUCCUGAAGCUGCUUAAGGCCAUCAGCCCUGACAAGGACUACUUCUACUAUGAGCCUAAAGAGGAAUUUGACUAUGGAACAAUGGACCAUGUCAUCCGUGGGACUCUGGUGAUGCAGGAAGGCAAGAACAUGUUCCCGUCCCCCCUCCCGAAAACCGCCCCGCCAGCACCGGUUAAACAGAAAACAGUCGCAGAGUUGGAGGCUGAGAAGUCAGCGUUGGUUUCACCCUUCAACCGCACCAUGACCUCCGCUGGUGUCUAUACUGCAGGUCUGUCUACCUGUCUGGGUCUCGGCAUCAUCUCCCCCAAUGCAGCUUUCACUCAGAUGGUCACAACCUUUGGUCUAGCUGGCAUUGUGGGAUACCACACAGUGUGGGGCGUGACCCCCGCCCUGCACUCACCCCUCAUGUCGGUCACCAACGCCAUCUCAGGUCUGACAGCAGUGGGAGGUUUGGUGCUGAUGGGUGGAGGUCUCACACCCUCCACCCUCCCACAGAGUCUCGCUCUGGCUGCUGCCUUUGUCUCCUCCAUCAACAUUGCCGGUGGUUUUCUGAUCACUCAGAGGAUGUUGGACAUGUUUAAACGUCCCACUGACCCUCCUGAGUACAAUUACCUGUAUGCACUGCCCGGGGCUGCAUUUGUUGGAGGAUACGGAGCCUCAGUGGCUGCUGGAUACAACAUUGAGCAGAUGAUGUACCUGGGCUCAGGCAUGUGUUGCGUUGGUGCACUGGCAGGCCUCUCUGCCCAGGGCACCAGUCGCUUGGGGAACGCCCUGGGUAUGAUGGGAGUGGCAGGGGGCAUCGCUGCCACCCUCGGUGCCCUCAAACCCUCCCCAGAGCUGCUGUCUCAGAUGUCCCUGGCCAUGGCCACCGGAGGAACCUUGGGUCUGACCAUUGCCAAGCGCAUUGAAAUAUCAGACUUGCCACAGCUCGUGGCAGCCUUCCACAGCCUUGUGGGGCUGGCGGCCGUCCUCACCUGCAUUGCAGAGUUCAUGAUAGAGUACCCCCACCUGGACGCUCACCCGGCAGCAGGUGUGGUCAAGACCGUGGCUUAUCUGGGCACCUACAUCGGGGGCGUCACCUUCAGUGGGUCGCUGGUGGCCUACGGCAAGCUUCAAGGGAUCCUGAACUCUGCCCCCCUGAUGCUGCCUGGGAGACACAUGUUGAAUGCCGGUCUGAUGGCAGCAUCGAUGGGAGGCAUAGUGCCCUUCAUGCUCAGCUCCAGCUAUGGUACUGGCAUGGGGUGUCUGCUGGGGGUGUCCGGACUUUCCACUGUUAUGGUGAGUUCUGAAGCUGCAGGCAGGUGACAAAAAUAAAACACUGAACAUAAGGUGUGCAAAUUAUGGACUUCUGAAAAAGUCUUUAUUUCAUCUUGGAGUAUACUAACACAUCAGCAUAGAUUAAAGAAGUCUUUCUGGCUCAGAAUGGGCCUUCUGAAUGUGACUAUGUGGGUGUACAGCACAUGUCCAAUAAAGGCCAUGAACCGCUCCCUGCCCAAUGUGAUCCUGGGUGGAUACGGUACCACAUCCACAGCGGGCGGCAAACCCAUGGAGAUUGUUGGCACUCACACCGAGGUCAAUGUGGACCAGACCAUUGACAUAAUCAAGGAAGCUAAUAACAUCAUCAUCACACCAGGUUGGGGUCUGUGUGCAGCCAAAGCUCAGUACCCAAUUGCAGACAUGGUGAAGAUGCUGACUGAACAGGGCAAGGCUGUCAGGUUUGGUAUCCAUCCAGUGGCUGGUCGUAUGCCCGGCCAGUUGAACGUCCUCUUGGCUGAGGCCGGUGUUCCCUAUGAUGUGGUCCUGGAGAUGGAUGAGAUCAACGACGACUUCCCAGAGACGGACUUGACGUUGGUUAUUGGAGCCAAUGACACGGUGAAUUCCGCAGCACAAGAAGAUCCCAACUCUAUAAUUGCUGGCAUGCCUGUCCUGGAGGUGUGGAAGUCCAAACAGGUGAUCGUGAUGAAGCGUACUUUGGGCGUGGGCUACGCUGCAGUCGACAACCCCAUUUUCUACAAACCCAACACAUCAAUGUUGCUGGGAGACGCCAAGAAGACCUGUGACAGUCUGCAAGCCAAGAUCAGAGAGACCUACUACUAGUUACCACUCAUUAUUAUUGUGUACAGCAGUUCUUAAGUAGAUUAACAAACAUUAUAAAUCCAGCAUUGGCUUUAAGGAUAUACAUUUUUGAAGAACACGUCUGUUGGGUUUGCAACAAAUGCAAUUCCAUCACAAAGGUGGGAAAGAAUCCUAACACUUCUUAAAAAUAAGGGACAUUAAUUAUUCAAACACAAAUAUGUACUGAUUUGUAAAUAAAAUAUUUAAAUGUA